GAGGUUUAUAUGGGUAGUGGGAGCUUAAGAGAUUCGAAGAAACGAACUUCAGCAGUUUGCUUAUCUAUCUUUCACUGCCACCUUUCUCGGUGGUCUUCCGCCACCCAUAUAACAGCGGAGCAUAACCAGACCAUCUCUCAUUCUCUCCUACAAUAUCUAGUACUUCCACUCCUUUGAUCUUACGAUUUUCUUGACUUUUCCCCUAUUUUGUCUCACUUUCCUUCCUUUUCUCUUUGAAUCCGUUAUCUUCGCUCACUUUCCCUCCCGUUCUCUUUAAAUACUUGAAUCCACUGCGCUUCUGCCUUCUCUUCCCCGGCUCUCUAGCCGGAACCUCGUCGGAUCGGUGGUUCUGUUAGGGUGUGUUUUGGCUGUGAGAGAGAUGAAGGGUAGGGUUUGUGAGUUGUGUAAUGAAGAAGCUUCUCUGUACUGCGGUUCAGAUUCGGCGUUUCUCUGCUGGAGCUGUGACGCAAGGGUUCACGGUGCCAAUUUUCUGGUGGCUCGCCACGUCCGCCACACUCUGUGCUCAGAAUGCAACGGUUUGGCAGGGGACACGUUCUUCGGCGUCGGGUUUCAGCCGCACCGGCUGAUCUGUAGAUCCUGCUCGUCAGAGGUGGAGUCGGAGACCUCCACCGAUCACGACUCCAAGUCUUCAUCGUCGUCUUGCGUUUCCACCACCGAGUCCGCUCCGAGGAAGGGCGGCGUCUCGCGGCGGAAGGCGGAGAGGACCGGCUUCACGAGCUCAGAGUCUGCGGUCUCCGGCAUGGACUCGAGGUUUCCGUCGAAACUCCGGGCACCGUCGAGCUUGGACGCGAAGGCGGAGGACAUUUUAGUAAAUUGGUGCAGAAAGCUGGGGCUAAAUGGUAGUUGCACAUCCGUGGCUUCUCACGCGCUCGGUGUGUGUUUAGUCAAAUUGACCGUUCUGCCUCUACGCGUCUCGCUCGUGGCGGCGAUUUCGUGCGGCGCGAAGCUCAGCGGGGACAGGUCGGCAUACACGCCUCAGAAUCUGAAGAGGCUUGUGGAGAUCAGCGGAGUGCCGGCGAAGCUGAUCUUGGCAGCCGAGUCAAAGCUCGCACGUGUGCUGAAGAUGGAGAGACGGAGACCACGGCACGUGCGCGAUCGAGAGGAAGGCUGGGCAGAGUGCUCUGGGGAAGAAUUUAGAUGAUCAUGUCAAGAACUAAGAUCGAUUUUGUAAUAAUUUUUUUUUUUUUAAAAAGGCAAAAUUUAUUAUAUUAGAACAUUUUCUUUUCAAAUCUUCUUUUGUGUAUUGUGAUUUUAAAUAGCCCACCCAAUUUCAUA